CUGAGUCGGACCGGUUGCGGUGUCCCUGGCUGACCCCCUCGUGGGGGUGCCUGUCCUGUCUCGCUUCUCCACUGUUCCUCCCGUGUCCCGGCGAGCGCCCCUCUGGCACCCGUGACUGGUCUCUACCUCCCCUCGUUCUCGGACGAACUUGGGGGCGCCAGCGUGCUGCCCCUCACUCCUUCCCAGUUUCCUCCGACAGAGGCCCCGUUGCAGACGCUUCACAUGGACGUGUGGGGCCCAGCCCGCGUCCGUGGACAGGACCUUCCACGCUUCCGGACUCACCACAGCAGAAUGGGAUUGCUGAGCGCCGCAUUGCCAUGGUCAUGGACGUCGCUCGUACGUCCAUGAUGCAUGCGGCUGCUCCCCAUUUUCUGUGGCCGUUUGCGGUCAGUUUUACCACCCCACCUCUCGACGUGUUCUGUCCUCCCAGGACGUCACGUUCGACUGAGUCGGUACCCUACUACCGCCUCUUCCCCUACCGCACUCCGUCCUCCCCCAACCCCGCUCUUCUUGGUGCCAGCCUGGUCGAGUCAACUGGUGACUCUGGUGCUGCUGGGGGAGCUGAGCCUGGGGGUGCGGAGUCUGGGGGUGCUGAGCCUGGGGGUGCUGUGCCUGGGGGUGCUGAGCCUGGAGGUACGGUGCCUGGGGUGCUUCGUCGUCUCUCGGGAGCCACUCUCCCCACAGAGCUGCGUGAGUGGUUUGCCCGGCGCUGGAGGCGUGCUGCUGGUGCUGGUGGUUCUUCGGCUGCAGAGGGUACUGCUGCCGCGCGUCCCCGUCGGUGCUCGUACUAA